AUGGCUUCGAGAAUGACAGACCUCCCAGCUCCUCAGCGCUUGGGCGGCGUCCGCACAAAAAGAUACAAAACCUCGCUCGCCUGUACAACUUGCCGUGCUCGAAAGCUGAAAUGUGACGGUGCUCGUCCAGUGCCGGUGCCGACGAAUUCAUUGUCAUUGUCGCGAGCAGAGCAACCUACGACACCCGACAUUGGUGAGCCCGUCGGGGAUACGGAUCCAAAUGAUUUUGCCACCAAGGUGACCGAGGCCAUUGACACCAGACUUGGGCUUCCUGCUGCCAAGAAGCGGUGCUUAAUCCCUCUGACAGAUGCGCCAUUGUUUGGAGACGUCUUGCCUCAUCACCAACCCACGAAUGAAGCCCACAACGCAGACAAUGUUUUGCCACCGCGCAAGCACGCCGACCACCUGGCGGGGCUCUACUGGCUACAUCUUGAACCUAUGGAGCCUCUGCUCGACAAGGACCACUUCUAUACUUCUUAUCGUUUGCUUUUUGCCGGUAACGAACUCGACUGUAACGAGUAUAUUUUUGUCAGCACUCUGAAUGCUAUUUUCGCCUUGGCCACCCAACUUCAAGAGACCAUUCCCUCUGAGCAACGGACAGGCAUGGCCAGGACAUAUUUCCACCGCGCCUGGUCUUUAUUACGUCCCGAAUCCGUUCUAUGGCAUCCAGCUUCUAUGGACAUUGUCCAGUGCUUGCUUCUGAUUGCAAGGAUCCUAUCAUGGACUCUCGGGAGGAGCUCGAUGUUAACACUGACUGCCUGCUCCUUCAUCUUGAACUCGCGAUACGGGAGCCCGGCCGGUGGAGAACCUGUCCAUCCUGCUGCCAAGAUGCACGACCUUGAGGAAAUAGCCACAUUCAUCGAGUUUUCACAAAUUGUCGCCCGUAGUAGCUUUGCGGAACGGCUGGGCAUCGCCCCGCCAACUAAGAUUGCAGACCUGAAUACCGUCAUGCAAAUUGACGAAUGUCUGAAUAAACUGCAAUCGAGCCAUGCCUCUCUAUUGCUCAGCGGGUCCCUGACAAAGACAGACGAUGACCUAGAUCGACAACGAUUCUUAUUCGAACUGCGGCUUGCACACGCCCGAAUCCUACUUUUCAGACCGAUACUUGUCCGGCUCUGCCUCUCGUCACUGACGCCUGCGGGGCUUUUCCCUGAUCUCGAGCAUCGAAUCUUGCAAAGUUGUGCCAUGCUCUGUGUAGAAAACGCCCAGAAAGUCAUUGAUCUAGUGGCCGAAGACUGGAAGUCCGACACUCCGAUAGGAAUAUUGCCAUGGUGGUAUCGCGUCUUUUACCUAUGGAUCGCCACCUUACACAUCAUCGCGGCAAUGAUGCGACCAGAGAUCUUCGAGUCUGUCGUUUCGGGUCAUUGGGAAAAAGCCAUAUCCUUACUCACCGCACAUGAACAUCUCUGCCAGUUCCUUCCAGAGACCGUCGUGAAUUUUCGCAGCAUGUGGGAGAAAGUCAUGAGAAUUAGAAAUCUGCCGGAUAAUGAGGUGCCUCCGGCGGAAGCCUUUCAAGACGUCUUCCAGCAUAUGGGAUUGGAAGCGCCAAACCUAAUGUACAACUUUGGCACAGAGGACAUGACUUGGUUGGGAAAUUUCGAGUGGGAUGACCCGGGAAUCGGGGGCUGA